AUGACAACUGCCACUUUUAUCAAACGUUACUGUGGUAAUAGGGAACCCUGGAGCGUGUAUUCAACUGGGCGUGGCCUCACGGUGCUGCUUACGUCAACAGUACGUCAUCGGUUCAGAGCAGAAUAUGAAGCGGUCAAUGUUAGCGAAUGGCGGUUUCUGAAAUCAGCUAUGAAGUUGUUAGAAGGAGAGGGGCGACUCGUCACAAGUAAUGCAACCGUAUCGGUCAUGACAAAAACCCAUGCAAUUCACAAAUGGUAUAUCAAAGCUGCAAUACGAAAGUAUAUUCAGUUAUCGUGGCAGAUAAAGAAAAAUGAGAACGACUCAACUUCUUUCUUCAAGGUUUACAGAGGAAGAUCUGAGCAAGGUAUUCUGUUUCCGGGAACCGAGAUUUCUGGAGAAAGCGCGAGAUCUGGUAAUCUGACGUCACUGCUUUUUGAGCUAUACGUGGUUGUCGGAGUCUCUAUCGAAUAUGAUGACGUCUUUUCAUUGGUAGCCAGAUAUCGAACUUUAGACCCACCAAAAUGUUUCAAACGGAGCAGGUACCGUUCAUCACGCCCUCUUUUAUGUGUGGAGGAUAUGAAACUGACAGCGACUGACAAUAUUAAAAUCCACAAAUCGGCCUUCCAAAUUAACCAGAAUGGGACAUACAAGCAGUACUCCAUAGAAAUUGGACGGCCUGGUCUGGUUGCCAACUUCAAGCUUCAUCAACUUUGGUUCCCAUACAAAAAUAAUAGAUUGUGUCAUAAAGCCGGCAUUAUGUUGUAUACGGUGACGUCUCAACAACACAGACCAUUACUGGGCCCAAUCUGCAGUAGAAAUGCAAUUUUCCAAGAGCCCAUCCCGUUGCCUGAUACCACCGUACACGUUGUAGUCUAUGCAGAGCCUUACAGUGACAAAGUCGAGUUAAGCUCUGCCUAUUUUCUUGACAUAGAAUUAGAACUGGUUCAAGACUUCCCCCGUGGUCUACUUUCACCUCCUUCCGACUAUGUUAAUUCAACGAGGUUUUCAGGACAGCAGGAUGGAUUAACUAUUACAGUGAACAAUUUGACCACCGCUGACAGUGUUUCACACUCUCUUUCGCUGUCUCUCACGGAGAAUACUUUGAGUAGUCUUUCCCACAUUCUAAUAUUUUACGCUGGACAAUAUGACGACGUCAGGAGCGCCACCUUUUCAAUCCAAAUCAACGUAACCGAUUCACUACGCAGAGCACAUGCCACUGUUAAAAUGUAUUCGGAUUCCGAUUUACAAGAUUGCAUAAAGGCGAUGACAAACAUAGGGAAUGGCAAAGUGCCUUUACUGACAACUGCUCACUUUGAGGGGACGUCCUUUGACGUGGAGUACAGUAUACGUUGUCCUUGGGUGGCGAGUUCGUUCAGGCUACAUCUUGCAGUAUACACAGCAUCGGACUGCAUUGCAGACUACACAACCCCAUUGUCGUGGAAUAACGAUCAAGUUCAUGCUAUGGCAAUCCCAUUUGAUUGCUCACAUCGGCAUUGCAAUUGCUUCCACCAAUCUUCUCCUGUCCCACACCCGUCUCUUCAGCAAAAGGACCUCUACUAUUAUCACACCAAAUUUGGCACGGGGAUCGAUGGGCCUCCCUGGCAGUACUAUAUUAUUGAGUUACGCCCAGAGGAAUGUCAAUCACUCUCCUCGGCCCAUACUUUCAUCGAGAGCAAGCACGCGGAGAUACGAGAAUUCAUGAACACCACGGUAGGAGACAGCAUUCAGUUGGCUUACUGGAAACGGCCCACAUCGUCAGCCAGUGUCAUUAAGACUAUUGGGUCCUAUGAAGUCAACGUUCGACUUUAUUUUGAGAGCGACUACAUGAUGAGCCCCAAGAGACACCUUGAACUCGUGUACAGCUUAUUUCAGUACGACCUGACGAUAGACGGCGACACUUACGAAGCGUCAGAAUGCCGUGGUGGUGAAAUUGCGUUUGAUGGCGCAUGUUACGGUCUAAAUGCAUCUCCGGCUAACAUCACGUGGGCAGAGAGUGAAGUUGCGUGUAGACGCCUCGGUGGCAAUUUGGUCAGUAUUGUAUCUGAAAAGGAACUGAGCUUUCUGAAAACUGCAAUCCGCACCAGAUGGAAAAAUGCCAUCUAUUUACAGAAAAAGAAUGUGGUGUUCAUAGGAUUAAUGAAAGAGAAAAAUAAGAACUGGUUCCGUUGGUCUGACAGCAGUCCGAUAGGUGUCACUGACUGGUUCAGACCGUCUUGGCCCACUGACAUCAAUGUCACAGAUAUUCUGGAACACCCGAGUAUUUCUAAGCUACUGCAUCUCUACAGAUUCCUUGAAACCCAACAACCUUUAAUGGACGUCUCACUGAAUUGCACUAUGAUGUUAAUUCAUGGCGCAGAGCAGUUCACCAAUUGGGUUACGAUUCCUUGCUAUUUUCCAAUGGAGAGAGUAAGUUAUAUAUGUAAACGUAUGACGGAAUCUAAAUUAACAAAGCUGUCGAAGGAGACUCGAUCAUAUUUCAAGAAGAUAGGCAUAGACCAUGAUGUCUAUGAUGAUAAAAAACACGACAUCGGCAAAAGUGUCCCCUCCUGUGGGAGGGGUUGGCUGUAUCACCAGGGCGUAUGCUACAGACUCAGCAACUUGGACUAUGUUUUUAACACGUCAAACGUAGGCAGUUUCUCUUCCACAGGACCACGUCAUCCACCGUCACGAGCAGAACACGAGACCUGGGAAAGCAUGGCGCGCAUGUGCAACAUGUCUUUGGACGUCUGCAGACCUGCCUUCCCAAUGGAAACCAUGGCAACGACCCCAGAUUUGAUGUCUGCUCUAGAACGCUAUCAUCACGCUUUUGGAGAUGGCGGGGUGUGGAUCCCAGACAACGCUGGUACCUGUUCAACCCUAUUAAACGCGGGUAUGUCGCUCACAUACACCGUUGGUAAUCUUAAAACCUGGUUUAAAGAAUGUAACGUGUCUUUCCAAAAAGAGCAGUGGUUUCUUUUCGAACUGCUUAAAAAAAGCCCAUUGAAAUUACGUACUCCGUACAUAGUUCAGAACACGCGGCACGUCCUGUGUAGAACGCCUCCGGAAUAUAAAUUUAUGACCAAACCAACAGCGGACCCAACCCUGGACCGUAACGCGGUGGAGAAGUACUGCCCAUCCCCAUGGCACUUCCGGUGCUCUGACAAAACCUGCAUACUACAGCAUCACAAAUGUGAUGGCAUUAAGGACUGCCUGGACGAGAGUGACGAACUCGAUUGCCUUUACUUGGAUUCUUGUGAUAAACACCGCUGCUACCAUAAAUGCAACAACGGGCAGUACGUGCCUUUGUCAAAAGCGUGUGAUUUUAUAGCUGAUUGUAAAGACGCCUCGGACGAGUCGAACUGUGUGUUUCAGACUUGUCCCAACGAUACCUUCUCGUGCAAGAACGGUCAGUGUGUGUCUCUGGAUCAUCGCUGCGAUGGUAAAGUACAUUGUUUUGACGGGUCGGACGAGAAACAGUGCGACUUCAGUACAACCGCGUGCCUGAGAGGUACACGUGUGCCUGCCAUUUCUUCAAGCAUCUUGGCGCCAUUUUGUCCAUCUCAACUGAAUAUCACCUUGUUAUACCAAACACGCGAAACAUGCGCUGAAGGCACCUUUUCUUGCUCAGAUUCUGACCCAUCGUGCUAUUCACUGGCUGAAACCUGCAUUUAUGAGUUCGACGACCAAGGGCACUUGUUUCCAUGUAGAAUGGGCGAGCAUCUAUCAAACUGUGAAGAUUUUGAAUGUCCGAGCGAUUACUUCUUUAAAUGUCCUCGAUCGUAUUGUAUUUCCCUGUCCAGGGUGUGCGACGGAACAUGGGACUGCCCGUACGGGCUGGACGAGAAGAGCUGUGAACGCUACAGCUGCCCCGGCAUGUUCCGGUGUCAAGGUCACAGGGAGUGCAUACACCACGACCUCGUGUGUGAUGGCAUCGUGCACUGCAAAGACACUGGAGAUGAUGAAAAAUUUUGCAAAACCCCAAAAUGUCCGCUAGGCUGUUAUUGCAUGGGGUUCACUAUUGAUUGUAGUAUGAAUGAUCUCAGGGAGUUGCCGGCGGUUGACAAAGAAAUACGAGGUCUCUUUCUGCCUUUUAAUAAACUUGCUCCCAAUUCCUCUUCAUUUCACGGUUAUCACUAUCUACGCGUCCUGGACCUUUCGGAAAACGAUAUAAAAGAAUUAAUUCCGAACACUUUUCAAGAUUUAGUCAACCUUGUUGAAUUAAAUUUAGCUAACAAUGACAUUUCAGCGAUAAAGAAGGGGGCGUUUGUAGGACUGGCCAAUUUGAGAACAUUAAAUAUUGGAGGCAAUCCACUCUAUGUCUUGAAAAGCUUUGCUUUUUCGGAGCUGAAAAAUUUGCCUAGUUUGAACAUCUAUAAAACAAAACUUCAGACCAUAGAAAGCAAUGCUUUUCAUGGGAUGUCGGAGCUGAAAAAUCUAAGCAUCGAACAGUCAGACUUAACAACUGUCACAAACCACUCUUUCAGCGGUCUUCAGAAACUAGAACUACUAAGUCUUGAUGGCAACAAGCUCCCGCCGCAGUCCGUGCCUUAUGGAAUAUUCCUUAAUUUAUCGGAUAACAUCACCCUGAACACUGGCUCGUUCCGCCUGUGUUGUCUUGCCCAACACAUACCAAACUGCCUGCCGCACAGUAACGAAUUUUCGUCGUGCGAAUACCUCAUCGACGACAUGGUCAUUCGGCUGCUGGCGGGUUGUCUGGCAGGUGUCGCAUUCACUUGUAAUCUCGUAGUUAUCAUAUGGCGUUGCACCAAAGUGAGCAACUCCGAAAAAAUCAUUCCUCUUCUUCUAGAAAACAUGGCCUAUUCCAACAUGCUUAUGGGCCUCUAUUUGGUGAUCGUGACGUCAGCAGACCUUCACUACCGUUUCAUCGGUCCCGUCUACGCCGUGGAGUUUGACGAACCGUGGAGGGACAUGUUCUGGUGCAGGUUUGCCGGAUUCGUGUUUGUGUUAUCAAACCAGGUUUCCAUGUUAACAGUUGGCAUAGUGAUGUACGAGUGCUACGCAUGCGUAGUGCUUCCACAUCUAAGCAACUUCCGAUUGAAGCGCCGGACUGCUUUCAUAUCUAUAGCGUGGUUAUGGAGCGUCUCUAUGCUAUUUAGUCUGCUGCCUUUUCUGGGAAUUCCGCGCCUAAAUGUACGGUCCCCAGUAUGCCAGAUAUUCCAUUUCUCUCAAGGCACGGAUCAAGACUGGGGGUACUUCACCUUCAUAUUCCUGGGCUUCUACAGCCUUGUUCUCGUGGCCAUCACGUACGGCCUUCUACGGAUUUGGUGCCACAUUCCAAAAAAGGACCAGAAUCUUGACGAAGACUAUUUCGCCGAACGGACCGCCAUUAAGAGACGCGUUGUCCGCGUGGUCACAAUGGACGUUGCCUGCUGGUGGAUGGUGCAUAUUUUGGGUAUUUUGGCCCUUGCUGGGGUACAAAUAGACAAGCAACUCUCAGCGUACACAAUGCUGGUCAUAUGGCCGAUGCCGGCUGUGGUCAAUCCUAUAUUAUACUUUAUAUUUUAUAUCAAGAAAGGAAUCAAAUACCCGGAUUACAUGGAAGUAUACGAGCCUUGUGAAAAGCACGUGUCGUUUUUCGGGAUGGAAGUUGAGACUUCCAUAUAA